UUAAUGAAAAGUAGGGAGAAGUUGUAGAAUACUGUGUUUGGCAUUUUAAACAUUAGAAAAAUAAAUGCAAUGAUUUUAAAUGUCCAAAGUUAAAGUCUGUAUCACCUGUGACGCUGUUUACUUUCGUUUAUGUUCUUACACAAGUGCUGUCACGCCUUUACUGUAAGUCUUCUUUCUCUUGCGUUAGUCACCAAGUUAUCAUAAGCUAACAUGUGAGGCAGGUUUUUAUUAUCAUUAAACCAUUCUUAAUGUCAGGACUUUGUCUCUUUGUCUUACCUUUCCCAGGAAGAGGUGCUAAAAACAGCAGAACAGCAACAGACCGGACUGCAUGCACGGAGAACCUGACAGACAAUUAUGCCAGUUCUUUACCUUUGGAUCCUGCAGAGGAGUACAAAAUGGACAACAAACGACGAGGCCUUGCACUUAUCUUUAAUCAGGAGAGCUUCUCCUGGCGCACACAGUUGAAGGACAGACGUGGAACCAAUGCUGACCGGGAUAACUUGGAGAAAAGAUUGAAUAAGCUAAAUUUUGAAGUGAAGACUUACAAUGACUACAAACAGGAGAAAGUCUUCGAUAAAAUUAGGCAAGCCGCAGAGGCGGACCAUUCAGACUCAGACUGCUUUUUGCUCGUCUUCCUGAGCCACGGCGAGAAUGAUCACGUCUACACCUACGAUGGCAAGAUCAGCAUUCAGGAUAUCACAUCCCUGUUCAAAGGAAACAAGUGUAGGAGCCUUGUGGGAAAGCCAAAGAUCUUCAUAUUACAGGCAUGCCGUGGAGACAAGCAUGAUGACCCAGUGACUGCCUGUGUAGCCGGGGGCGGUGGGUUGGUGACUGAGGAGAAUGAGGUGGUGGUGGACGCCAGCGCUGUACACACCCUCCCUGCUGGGGCUGAUUUCAUCAUGUGCUACUCUGUGGCUGAAGGUUACUUUUCUCACCGUGACCCCAUCAACGGCUCCUGGUAUGUCCAGGAUCUGUGCGAGCUGCUUAAAAAGCAUGGGGACUCUCUUGAAUUCACAGAAUUACUCACGCUGGUCAACAGGAAAGUGUCGAUGAGGAGUGUUGGGAACAGUAGGGACCGUAAUGCCAUUGGGAAGAAGCAAGUACCUUGCUUUGCUUCAAUGCUCACUAAGAAGCUCUACUUCCGUCCAACAAAGUAACAGUUUCAGACCUUCAGGUCAUUUGUUCCCCAAAGAGUGAUUGUGUUUUAUUAAAUGUGCAUUCUUUUUUUGGCAAAAAGUGUAUUCACAUGAUGUCCUUAUUUCACCUUUACCCUGGAAUUGUUUGGAAAUGUCAGUCCUAUGUCCUCAGGGUUAUUAUUUGUUUAUUUCAGCUGUCCUAGUGUUUGUAGUUUUCUCAAAAAUAUAAUUGGCACCGGAGUUUCAGAAAUUCUAUCUUUAACUUUUGCUGUUUUAAGUAGCUUUAAGUAAAAAUAAUUAAAGGUG